AUGUGGCUACUGAUCAGCCUCAUCGCGCCUCUUGUUUGGCCGGCUACGUGCGUCCACACUGCAGCUUUACAUUUGCAUCAUCCAAGAAGCUCAGGGGUCUGGCGGCAGGAAAGACAUGGGAAUCAUGGGAAGCCAUCCACUCUCAACUGCACCUGGUAUGCUGUCCGGCAGAGAGUAGAUCAUUUCGGAACCCUUGAGGCCCUCUUUCCACAAUGGUACUGUGUUUACGACAAGUGGUGGAAGCCUGCCCUGCAGAGUGGCUUCAACGCUUCGACCACGUCCCCUGGACCCAUCUUCUUCUAUACGGGAAAUGAGUCACCGGUCGGUGAGUAUGUCAACAACACGGGGUUGAUGUGGGAGCUGGGAGAGCGGAUGGGCGCGCUGCUCGUCUUUGCAGAGCACCGAUGCGAGCCGGACUCGAAUUUUUUCCAAUGGAUGGAAUGCCCGAGGUGUGUCUCCUACUGUACGACGGCUCAAGCGCUGCAAGACUACGCCGAUAUCAUGGCACUACUAAGGAAGCGGCAUUCGCAACGUGCACCUGUCGUUGUUUUUGGUGGGAGCUACGGUGGAAUGCUUGCUGGAUGGAUGAGAAUGAAGUAUCCAGAGGUGGUUGAUGGUGCCAUUGCUGCAUCGGCGCCCAUUUGGCAGCUGUCCACCACCGUCACGCGACAGACAGUGGAUUGGCCGGCUGUUGCAAUCAGCCGUGGUGUGUCCUCAGCCGGAGGAUCAUCUGACCAGUGCCUGGCGAAUUUGCAGGUGGCCUGGGCGUUGCUGCGUGGUCUGGAAUCUUCCGUUGCUCUGCGACUCUUAAGCCGCCACUUGAACACCUGCACGCAGCUCCAGGAAAUCGAAAGCUUGAUUUCCUGGGCAACUGCCUCCUUCUUCCUCUUGGCUGAAGGUAACUAUCCAUACCCAUCGUCCUACAUCACCUAUGCUGUUGGAUCUGGAUCUCCACUUCCGGCGUGGCCGAUGAAAGUGGCAUGCAAAGGCUUGUCCCGUGAUUUUGGGAUAGACGUGUCAGGAUCACGCAAGGAGGUGAACUACACGGCCAGGAUGGGAGCCUUGCAGGUGACGGUGGACUGGGCAAGUUGGUGGAGUAACGGAGACGAAUUGACAGAAGAGCAGCUGAUGGCCUCCGGUAUCCUGGACUUGGCGACCGCCGUCACCGAGGCGGCCGGAGUUUGGUACAACGCCUCCGGUGACCAGCGUUGCUGGAACCUUACAAACGCUCAGUCGAACAUCGCCAGGUCCAACAUGGCGAGGAAGGAGCACCAGCUGACAGAUUCACUGCCCCACGCUGACAGGGGAUCCAUCAUCUCUCGGGGCCCUCGAGACACGUGCUCUGCCUGCCCUCCUUGCUCGACUUGCCCAGCUUGCCCAGUGUCACGGUGUGCAGGCUCAGAGCCCCCAUGCAACUUCACCGGCCAAGUGCCCAAGACCUUUGCCUGGGAUUCCGUGGUGUGCAACGACGACUUGUCUCAAGUUUCUGCUCAAGGAUUGGGCAGGGAUUUGUACUGGCCGCCGAGCGUUGCCGACCGGAACUUCAGUAUCGCCAGCAUAGUCGGGCCGCAUAAGCUUGUGCCAGCUACCUGUACGGAUCGCUUCAACUCCAUGGGCUUGCGAGGAGCACCAACGACGACUGACCCGUGGAGCGGAUGGAUGACCGCAUACUAUGGCGGGCGCAAUAUCUCCCAGCAUCGAAACAUUGUUUGGAGCAACGGGGCAUUGGACCCGUGGUCCGGCAUGGGGGUGUAUCCAGAAGGUGGUGGCCCUGACGGCCCCUUCAUUCAAAACAUUAGCGAGGACGGAUCGCAGAUUGCCCUGGUGCUGAACUUGGGAGCGCAUCAUUUGGACCUUAUGUUCUCAGACAGCCGAGAUCCCCCGUGCGCGCCCGCCGCGCGGAAGGUUGAGUCCCAGAUGAUCCGCCAGUGGUGCCAAGAGGCGUACUCCCGCCAGGACCCAGCAAGCCUCCACCCGGUCCGAAAAGGACAGGAGGCCCUCUUUGCCUAG